CGAAGGCUUAAAGAAAGCCGCGACUUGUUAAUUUCUGCAAUAUUAUCAACGACUACGUACUUGUAAUACCAAAUACAUAAAAUCCAGUUCGAUUUAUACGGGCUUUUUAAUUAAAUUGCGUGCAAGUAACCAAAUAAUAACUAUAUUGCGGUGGUGUUUUUUUUCUAUAUAUUAAAUGGACCGUUGUUAUGUUGCCGUUUACAAUUGUGACAUUUAGUUUAUUACAGCGACAAGAAUUAUUCUUCUAAUUUUUUUUUUUAACACUUUAGUACUACACUGCUCCCCCGGAUUGUAAGUCCUCGCAGCCUCAUGGCCUCGCUUCUGCAGCAGGCGAGCGGCGCUGAGCUGUCAGCUGCUUGGAGCACACUGAGCUCCGGUCUGGUACCCGCCGCAGCCCUCGGACUGGUGAGCCCUGGCUCAGACUCCAGUGCAGCGGCGGGCCCCUCCUCUCCCGAGGCCCUGCGUCAGGCUGUGGAGGUGCUGUGUGGCUGGGGGCUGGAGGGCUGCGUGGAGGAGUGGUAUCUGGAGGUGCUGCAGACAGACCUGCAGCGCAGCGUGGUCCCCGAGUUCUGGAGCGGUCUAGAGCAGCCGGAGAACGGGCUGAACGAGAGGCAGCGGGCGGGGCUCCUGCUCUCCGCCUUCCGGACCCUGAGGGGCCGGCUGGAGCCUUACCUGCGCGGCCUGGCCCUGCUGGGGGGCUGGGAGGAGGCAGGGACCCUGCCGGGGCUGGGGGCCGAGGCGCUCAGGGAGAAGGUGUUCACCCUCCUCAGGGCCAUCCUGCUGUUCUCCCCGGGGCCCGCGCUCGGGGACAGCGUGCAGGAGUUCUACGCGCGCACGUUCCGCGUGCACAUGAAACUGCGGCGGGAGAGGGAGAGAGACCGGGGGGGCAGAGAGCAGGACAGCCUCAUGGAGGAGACGCUGGGCAGCAGCAGCAUCGCCACUGAAGAGGUCAGCGAGGAGGAGGAGGAGGAGGAGGAGGAGGGGGGCUCGGCAGGGCUGUGUCCGGGCUGCAGGGUCGACAGAGGGCAGUGCUGGUGUCUGGAGGCCAUGGAGCAACUGGAGCAUCUCAGGCAGAUACUCACCAGCCUGCAUCUCCUGGAGAGGGUGAGCUCCGACGCCGUCACCACCAUCCUGCACAAACUGAUUGAGCAGCGCAUGGAGGCGCGCUGCCGGGGGGAGUACGAGCGCUCCUUCCUCAACGACUUCCAGGAGUGGCUGGAGAAGGUGAAUGGCUGGCUGAGCAAGGUGUUCCUGAGCCAGACGCAGUCCCUCGAGGGCGAUGCCACCCUGAAGCGCUGGCGCUGCCACAUGCACAGCUUCUUCUACCUCAUCUACGUGAGCAUGCGCAUCGAGGAGCUCUUCAGCAUCAUCCGUGAUUUUCCUGAUUCCAAACCUGCUAUUGAGGAUCUGAAGUACUGCCUGGAACGGACCGGUCAGAGACAGCAGCUGCUGACAUCACUGAAAGCUGCCAUGGAGACCCGCCUCCUCCACCCAGGAGUGCACACCUCUGACAUCAUCACUCUGUACAUCUCAGCCAUCAUGGCUCUGCGGGAGCUGGACCCCUCCAUGGUCAUCCUGCAAGUGGCCUGUGAGCCCAUCCGCAAGUACCUGAGGACGCGGGAGGACACGGUGCGGCAGAUAGUGGCCGGCCUCACGGGGGACACAGAGGGCUCCAGCGAGCUGGCCAAUGAGCUGUCGAAGGCUGACCCCGUGACCCUGGAGCACGGGCAGGACAGUGACGAGGAGACGGCUGACCCUGAGGAGUGGCUCCCUGACCCCAUCGACGCAGAGGCAGACAAGUGUGGCUCGAAGCGUCGCUCGUCUGACAUCAUCAGCCUGCUGGUCAGUAUCUACGGCAGUAAGGAACUUUUCAUCAGCGAGUACCGGAGCGUGCUGGCUGACCGACUCAUACACCAGCUCAGCUACAACACGGCCAGGGAGAUUCGCAAUGUUGAGCUGUUGAAGCUGCGCUUCGGGGAGUCCCACCUGCACUUUUGUGAGGUCAUGCUGAAGGACGUGGCGGACUCGCGGCGCAUCAACAGCAACGUGGCAGACGAGGAGAUGAAGCUGCCGGAGGAGCAGCGCUCGCCCCUCCCCCUGAGCGCCCUGAUCAUGUCCAGCGAGUUCUGGCCCCCCCUCAAGGAGGAGAAGCUGGAGCUGCCGGCGCCCAUCAAGGAGGUCAUGGAGAGCUUCACCAAGAGAUACGAGAAGCUCAAGGCUAUGCGCACUCUGAGCUGGAAGCCCCACCUGGGCUCAGUCACUCUGGACCUGGAGCUGGGAGACCGCACGCUGUCCAACCUGUCUGUCUCUCCCGUCCACGCAGCCAUCAUCAUGCACUUCCAGGACAGGAGCUCCUGGACCCUGGAGGAGCUGGGUGAAGCUCUGGAGAUGCCCACCUCAGUGCUGCGCAGGAGGAUGACUCUGUGGCAGCAGCAGGGCGUGCUGAGGGAGGAGCCGGCGGGCACCUUCGUGGUCGUGGAGAAGGCGCAGUGCGAGCGUCCCGAGAAGAACGUGGUGCUGCUGGAGAGCGACGAGGAGGGCGAGUCCAACAUGGCCACGCAGUCCGAGCAGAAGGAGGAGAAACUGCAGAUGUUCUGGGCUUACAUCCAGGCCAUGCUGACGAACCUGGACUCCAUGAGCCUGGAGCGGAUUCACAACAUGCUCAAGAUGUUUGUCACCAUGGGCCCCGUCGUCACGGAGAUGGACAUCCAGGAGCUGCAGGCCUUCCUCCAGACGAAGGUUCGAGACCAGCAGCUCAUCUCCUCGGGGGGCGUCUACCGGCUCCCCAAGUCCCCAAACUGAGCCCCCUGGAGCCCAGCUCCCCAGGCCUGCCCGCCGGGGGUCCCGGGCCCCGUCAGGUCACUGCACUGGCACUCAUUAAAAGGCACAGCCUAUGGCUCCAGACUACAUUGGUAUGUUUAGAAUUGGGUUACAAUAGUUUGAGCCCUUCCAGGUUUUACUAAGACACACCUACGCUCGGACACAGCAUGCAGCGAAGACGCAUGUGCAGCAAAACACUGAAAAUAUACACUGAACCCGUCAUGAGCUGGGAUGAGCUGGGAUCUGCGUGUUCACGGAAGGGGUCCGAGCCCGUUUAAUACAAGCAGCUGUCGAGAGGAACCAGACGCCACCACAGACUUUACCUUUUUAUAGAAAGCAGUGAUCCUCUUGCUGUGUGUGCUGAAGGGUGGUGCUGUGAUUCACAAUAAAAAUGAAUGAUAUUUGACAGUU